UAGUAAACAGUACGUCAGUAAAAAUGCAAUCGAUCAUUAUCUUCGCCGUUCUUUUGGGAUUGUUGUCCUUAGAGGCAAAGCCUUUAAGUAUUACAAAUGACAAUCAAGGAAACAAUAUCACAAUGACACCUCUAUCAGUUGAUCUUAGAAAAGAUCGAUCCACGACCAUGCCGCCGAAACUAUCUAUGCAAUCUGAGGAAUAUGAUGCGCUUAAAAAGACACAUCUUCAAAAGGAAACCAAUAUUGAGCAUAACCAAACCAUUCCAGUAUUAUUAGGCAACGAGUUCCCUACAAUUGGUAAUCAUACAAAAUCGACGAAGGAUAUGAAUGAUACUGAAGUCCUUCCAACUGCAAUCGGGACAAGAUUAAGCGCCAGACUUCUUCAAGUACUUACACGUAAGGGUUAACUUUUGUACUUUUUACUGUAAAUGAAAUGAAAUGUUAAAUGAUUAUAAAGUACAUUCCCUUAGAGAUCUAAGGGGACUCACUAGUUGCAAAUAUAUUUAUUUAAUUGAAUUCAGAUCGGAAUCCAUUAGAGAUAUCAAA